AGGGGGUCAGCGAUGGCGGGGGCACGGCACGGCACGGCACGGGCACAGGGAAAGAGUGAUCUUUCAGCUUUGAGGCCGAUUUCAAUGUGUCCUUUGUACUUGGCAGCGAGGAGAUGAAUCGAGGGUUGGUGCUGAAGUUUGAGAAUCUGGUGCAGUUCCGUGGUGCCUGCCAGCAGCUGCGAGCUCUCUCCUCCAGAAAAGUUCACAGAGCACAAUGGAAGCCUGUGCAGUCAUCUGCACAUCCCCUGUGUCCACAGCCCUGGCAAAGAGACAAAGUAAUCAGUACGGCCUUAUCUCAGCACAGACAUCUAGCUACAAAGGAGGAGACAAAGAAGAGGAAAAAGAAGAUCCCACUGACACAAGGUGAAGUGGAGAUAAGGCGUCAGAUGACCAUCGAGGAACUUGCACGAGCCAUGGGCAAAGACGUAGAUCAUAUUUAUGAAGCUCUGCUGUACACAGACGUUGACCUUGACUCACUAGAACCAGAUUCUGUCUUACAUGAAGACCAUAUCAAGCUCAUUGUUAAAAAAUCAGGGAUGAAGUACAAAUCAGCAAAACUGAAAGAGGAAAAAGAAAGGGAAAACAAAGAUGCUGUGAAAAGGCCUCCUGCAGAGCCAGCAGCACUAACCCCACGGCCCCCUGUUGUUACCAUCUUGGGCCACGUUGAUCAUGGGAAAACCACCUUACUUGACAGCCUAAGGAAGACGCAGGUGGCAGCAAUGGAGGCAGGAGGCAUCACGCAGCACAUCGGGGCGUUCCUCGUGCAUUUGCCUUCUGGGGAGAAGAUAACUUUUCUGGAUACCCCUGGACAUGCAGCUUUUUCAGCCAUGAGAGCAAGAGGCACCCACGUCACUGACAUCGUGGUGCUCGUCGUGGCGGCGGAAGACGGAGUAAUGCAGCAAACCAUAGAAUCCAUCCAGCAUGCCAAGAAUGCAGGAGUUCCUCUUGUCCUCGCCAUUAAUAAAUGUGACAAACCUGAGGCUGAUCCUGAGAGAGUCAAGAAGGAACUGCUGGCUCACGACGUGGUCUGUGAAGAGUUUGGAGGUGAUGUUCAAGCUGUGAAUAUUUCUGCACUCAAGGGUGAAAACCUGAUGGUUUUAGCAGAAGCAACAGUUGCUUUAGCAGAGAUGUUGGAACUAAAGGCAGAUGCCACGGGGCUGGUAGAGGGGACCGUCAUUGAGUCUCGCAAAGACAGAGGCAAAGGUCCAGUUACCACAGCCAUCAUCCAAAGGGGAACUCUGAGGAAAGGCUGUGUUCUGGUUGCAGGGAAGACCUGGGCAAAAGUGCGUUUCAUGUUUGAUGAGAACGGGAAAGCCGUAGAAGCUGCCUCUCCAGGCAUCCCGGUGGAAAUCAUGGGCUGGAAGGAAGUCCCUUCAGCAGGAGAUGAAAUCCUUGAAGUAGAGUCUGAGCAAAGGGCACACGAGGUCGUGGCUUGGAGAACCUAUGCUGAACAGCAGGAGAAGCUGAAGAAGGAUGUGGAGGUUAUUGAAGCCAAGCAGAAGGCGCACAGGAUGGAAUACAAGGAGAAGCAGCAGAAGCUAGCCCAUCUGACCUGGAGACAGAGGAAGGCAGUGCUGUACAAGGCCAAUAAGCAUCAAAUGUUCUCAAGGUCUAAGGAGAGAACAGAGAUGGACAAAAACGUGCUGUCGGUAAUUGUUAAAGGUGACGUGGAUGGAUCUGUGGAAGCUAUUCUGAACAUUCUGGACAGUUAUGAUGCUGAUGAUGAGUGUAAGCUGGAGAUCAUCCAUUUUGGAAUGGGAGAUAUCAGCGAGACAGACAUCAGUCUUGCUGAAGCAUUUAAUGGUGUUGUAUUUGGAUUCAGUGUGAAAGCCACUGAAGGCACGAAACAGCUGGCUGCUAAAAAGGGAGUCAAAAUCAAACUGCACAAUGUCAUCUACAAACUUAUUGAAGACCUGAAAGAUGAGCUGAACAGCAGACUCCCCUCAGCCACGCUGGAGGAGACGAGAGGAGAAGCUUCAGUUCUCAACGUCUUCUCUGUGACUGUGGGAAAGAACAAAGUCCCAGUAGCUGGGUGCAGAGUACAGAAGGGGCUGCUGGACAGAAGAAUGAAGUUUAAGCUGCUCCGGAGUGGGGAUGUUAUCUGGAAAGGGUCUCUGUCAUCACUGAGGCAUCAUAAGGAGGACGUGCAGGUAAUCAAGUCAGGUAUGGAUUGUGGAUUGAGUUUGGACAAUUAUGCAGAAUGCAAGAUUGGGGAUGAAAUUAUCUGUUAUGAAGAAAAGGAAGUUAAACAGACAACUUCCUGGGACCCAGGAUUUUAAGAUACACGUGAAUACAUGAACACUAAAGGACAUGUUACUCCUGGCUGGCCUUUAACUCAGCAUGAACUGUCAAAGCUGCACAUGAGCUGCUUCAUAUCUGGUGUUUCCAUAAUGAUGUCCUCGUUCUAAGUCUUGGCAAGUAACCACCUUACCUCAUUGGAGCAGGAGAUAACUACAUCAGUUAAUUGCUAUCACUUCAAGUGUGUAAGACCACGGUAUAAAGGUUUCUGAUGACUACUGAAA